GGAGAGUCGGACUUCGGCCCGAAGGCAAGCUAAAAAUCUCUAUAUAUUUUCCACUUUCUUUCUUCGUUUAAAAUAAUAAUAAUAACAGGCAAAAUAGAAAAAAGAAAAGAAAAGAAGCAGUAGUACGAGCAGAAGAAGUAGAUACAAAACAGAAAAGGAGAGAGGGAUUUUCAAAAGCUUGAAACAAUGGCGUCACCAUCGUCUCCGUCGGCGCAUUCUUCAUCAUUUCCGCCUUCCGAGUUCUCGUCUCUACCUGUAAUGGCGCUCAGGGAGAGAAUCGUUGAGAAAAUUUUCGAGAAUCGCGUCACUCUCAUCGUCGGCGAGACCGGCUGUGGGAAGAGCUCUCAAGUUCCGCAAUUCCUGUUGGAGGAAAACAUGGCUCCUGUUUUAUGCACACAGCCAAGGAGAUUUGCUGUUGUGGCAGUGGCCAAAAUGGUUGCAAAAGCUCGGAAUUGUGAGCUGGGUGAUGAGGUUGGAUACCAUAUAGGUCAUUCAAAACAUCUAUCAUCUAGAACAAAGAUUGUUUUCAAAACCGCUGGAGUUUUAUUGGAUGAAAUGCGAGAUAAGGGGUUCCAGGCACUUAAAUACAAGGUUAUCAUUCUUGAUGAAGUGCAUGAAAGAUCUAUUGAGUCUGAUCUUGUUCUUGUUUGUGUGAAGCAAUUUCUGCUGAAGAACAAAGACCUGAGGGUGGUAUUGAUGUCUGCAACUGCUGAUAUUGGGAGGUACAGGGAUUACUUCAGGGACCUUGGUAGAGGUGAAAGAGUUGAGGUUCUGGGAAUUCCCAGCUCUAACCGGAAAGAAAAUUUCCAGCGACAAGUUUCAUACCUUGAGCAGGUGACUGGUUUUCUUGGAAUCAGUUCAGAAUUAAUAACUUCAAGAUAUUGUUCUGGUCCAUGCCCUUCCAUGGCAGAUGCUGAAAUCAAGCCUGAAGUGCACAAACUUAUACAUGAAUUAGUGUUGUACAUCCAUGAAAAUGAGCCUGAUAUUGAGAAGAGCAUUUUGGUUUUUCUUCCCACGUAUUACGCCCUCGAGCAGCAAUGGUACCUUUUGAAGCCAUUUAGUUCAUCCUUUAAGGUUCACAUUUUACAUGGUAGUGUUGACACCGAACAAGCUCUUAUGGCUAUGAAAAUCUGGAAAUCUCAUCGUAAGGUAAUAUUGGCGACAAAUAUUGCAGAAUCAUCUGUGACAAUACCCAAAGUGGCAUUUGUUAUUGAUUCAUGCCGGUCUUUACAAGUCUUUUGGGAUUCUGCUCGAAGAAAGGAUUCAACAGAGCUUGUUUGGGUUUCUAAGUCUCAGGCUGAGCAACGGAGAGGUAGAACUGGUCGUACAUGUGAUGGUCAUGUAUAUCGGUUGGUUACACAAUCAUUUUUCAGCAAUCUUGAGGAUUUCGAGUGUCCAGCUAUACUGAAGUUGUCAUUGAGGCAGCAAGUGCUUCAGAUAUGUUGUGCUGAAUCCAGAGCCAUUAAUGAUCCCAAAGCUUUGUUGCAGAAGGCUUUGGACCCUCCAGAUGCAGAAGUUGUUGAAGAUGCAUUGAAUUUGCUACUUCAUGUGAAGGCACUUGAAAAACCAUCUUCAAGGGGCCGGUAUGAGCCUACAUUUUAUGGAAGGCUUCUUGCCAGUUUCGCACUGUCUUUUGAUGCAUCUGUACUUGUAGUCAAAUUUGGAGAAGCUGGGAUGUUGCGUGAAGGCAUUCUUCUGGGCAUAUUGAUGGAUACUCAACCCCUGCCUAUUCUUCAUCCUUUUGGGGAUGAUCAUUUGUUUACAGAAUACAUAAACUGCUAUUUUUCCGCUGAUAGUGAUAAAAUUGUCCUAACUGGUCGAAAGGAGGUUGCAUUCUUAGGAAAUUUAUGUGCAUUUCAGUUCUGGCAACGUGUUUUUAAGGAUAAGCACCGUCUUGAACAUUUGAAACAAGUGCUGAAGUUUGAAGAAAUGGAACCUGCAACAUUAUUGCUGCCGAAGCUUGAAGAAGAAUGGUGCUUUUUCCAUCAUCUUCUGCAGUCAUCACUGCACCAUGUCUCUGAAAUGUAUGAAGAUAUAUUAAAUUCCAUGCACCGCUUCCGGCCCAAUUUUCUGCCUGCAUCUAAUGGCAUUCCAACUUACUAUUCUCCUUAUGAGUUUGGACAUACUUGCCUUCUUGAAUGUCAGCAACAGGGAGAAAUAGAUGCACUUUCUUCAAGUGAUGAACAGCUUGAGCAAUCGAAUGAGACAAGGAAAUGUGUUGCUGUACCAUUUGUUGCUUCUGGUCACUUUCAGACCAAUGAUGUGGCUAAAAAUUUGGUGAAUACUAUUAAGGAGAUAAGAGUUCAAUGUGCAGGAGACACUUCUAGUAAUUACCCGGCAAUUAUUAAUGACUAUGAUUCGCAUAUGAAUGGGGGGGCUCCUCUGUGUGUCUAUUUUGUAAAUGGAUGUUGCAACAGGGGUAGUCUGUGCAGAUUUUCUCAUUCACUCCAAGCAAAAAAACCAGCCUGCAAGUUCUUUUUCUCUCUGCAGGGUUGUAGGAAUGGAGAUUUAUGUUCCUUCUCUCAUGAUUCGUAUCAGCCAAUCUCAUCAUAUGGCUCAAAUGUAUGUCAGCCAGAAGCUGAUCAUGCUGAUGCCUCAUCACUUCUACGACUAUUUGGAACCUCUUCCGUUGGAUACAUCCUUUUGUUGGAUGAUGCUAAUAUGCAUUUCACCUCAAAUCUUGCUAACCACUGCAAGCCAUCUAGGAUCAUCUCUACAACAAGUUUGACGGAAACAUCCAUAUGUGACCCAUUAUUGACAGAUGUAAGAAUCCUAUGGGGCCUCCAUCAUCCCUACCAGACCAUCAUUUCAAACAAAGGGGAGAACCCAAUACCAUGGAAUGAAGUCAAAAUCGUGCUGUGGUUUCCUUAUCUCGAUAGUCAUAGUGAUAAUUUGGACGUGCAGAAAAUUCUUGUGCAGAACUUUUUUGAGUAUCUGGCCAUCCGAAUAUUAGGUGAUACCCUGUUUGAGGUUAAAAUAAUUCUUGCCAUGAACAACAUCAAAUUUUCACAAUUAGAGGUGGAAAAGUUGGCAAGAGAGAGCUUCUUCUUCCUUACAGAGUCAUUUCCAUUUGAUGAAGCAAGCUUUGGGGAGCUACUCGAUACAGUAACAGUUAACAAGCCAAUGUUGAUGCCAAGGUCUGUAUCAUAUGUGUUUGACAUGCAGCCUCCUAGUGAUAUCCAGUUUGGUGACUACGCUUCUGUUUUUCAGAAACAUCUGCAUGACCGGGAAACGUCUUGAAAAUUCAUUAGUUAUGUCUGCAUUAAGUUAACUAAGCCUUUUUUUAAAAAAAAAAUUGCUUGUACAUAUUGCAAAUUGUAUAUGCUUUUCAAAUUGCCUUAAUCCUAGAAUUAGCAUAAUAUAUAUAUAUAUACAUGUAUUGGCAAUUGGUUAUUUUCA